AUGACCCCCUUUCACUUGGUAUACGACGGCGAAGUGGUCGCCCCGAUGGAGGUCGGGGUAGAAUCUGAUCGGGUACAACACUACGAUGAUGGGCACACUGAGCGAAGGAUGAUGGAGCUUGACUUGGUGGAUGAAACGUGGGCGAAAGCCGCUGUUCGGCUGACAGCCUACCGGCAACGUAUGAGGCAGAAUUAUAAUCGACGGGUGAUCCCGAGAUCCUUCCAGGUCGGUGAUCUCGUCUGGAAGAAAGUGAAGCCAGUCGGCGAUGUCACCAAGAUCGAGGCACUAAGGGCGGGACCAUUCAAGGUCGUGCAGAAGCUCUGUUUGAGCACCUAUUAUUUGGAGGACGAAGAGGAGAGGUAG